AUGUUUCUUGGUUAUGCCGAAUACACCAAGGGAUACCGAGUUUACGAUUUUGAGAAAGACAAUAUUUCAUCAUCACGGUCGUUGAAGCUGGACGAGCGUAAAGUGCGCGGCAUUUAUAAGACGUACCCGCCCAAACAAGUAAAAUUGAUGCACACGAUCAAGAAAAACGACGAAAGCGCAGUGAUCGGGCCGACAAAACACAAACAAGAUCAAGUUGAGCCUAUAGAGUAUAAAGAAGAAGAAGAAACUCCAGAUGAUCCAAUGAUUGAUGAGGAGUCCGACAUAAAUGAAUCAACGGUCGAUAUACUUCGAUUUCCGGCUUCAGUACACUCUGAACUGACAGAGUACAGAACUUUUACAUUGGAUGCACAGGAAUAUCGAUUGGUUUUUCAACCGCAAGUGGAACGCUCAAGGCGUACACGCGAGCCAAUGCUGUUACUGGAGAACGGAUCAGAUGCCGCAGAAAGUUUGGAAGGAAACGAAGGACCACCCAUUCCAAAGCGUGCAAGAAUUGAUGAAUACGGCCUUAUAGCUAAAGCUCUUCUCGCUUACGCUGUGAAUGUUGGUGAAGAAUCGGACUUGCCUACCACGUAUGCGCAGGCAAUGUUUAGUGACGAAGCAGGCCAUUGGCGACAAGCGAUGGAUGCCGAAUUACAAUCGCAUGACCAGAGAAAAACAUGA